AUGUCGAACAAGACGAUUAUCAGAGAAGACAACAACGAAGCUUUGCAUGUUGUUGUUGUUAACGAACCAUCUUCGCUAGAGUUCGUCUCUUUUCUUGGCAAAGGUGGUUUCGGUUCCGUAGCUCUCAUGAGAGAUUCCAAAUACCAAUUAUACGCUGAGAAAUCAUCUCCAAUGGAUUUCAUCAAGAGUCUCGAGAAAGAGCAUAGGAUCAUGCUACGUUUCCGCAACCAUCUACGCAUAAUCCAAACCACGAGCCCUAAUCUUCACAUAGGGUUCAAUCUCGACCGUUGCUACAUCAACAUGGAGUUCGCCUCCAAAGGCACUUUCCACAACAUCAUCUCUCAGUUGCGUGGUAGACCAAUGCCGGAGUUCAUGGUUGGACGUGCCGCUCUUAUGAUCUUACAAGGACUAGAAGCUCUUCACUCACAAGGCUACGUUCACUGUGAUCUCAAGCCGGCCAACGUUCUCCUCUUCCCUUCCAAGACUUUCGGAGAGCCGUGGGAUCUCAAGCUUGCUGAUUUUGGUUUAUCCAAGGAACCGGGUACGGAUUCUAGGUCGUCUUUGUCUGGUGGUACGCCGCAGUACAUGCCCCCUGAGUCUUUGGGACCCAACGGAGUGAAGAUGGUGGGACCUGCCGUUGAUAUGUGGUCUCUAGGGUGUGUUGUGGCUGAGAUGUUUGGUGGCUGGCCUGAGAAGAGGCGAGGUUGCUACGCGUGGAGGCUUCCCGGACUUGUCUCUCCGGUGGCUAAUGACUUCUUGAGAAGGUGCAUGGCGUUUCAACCCUCGCGUAGAUCCACCGCAGCGGAUCUGUUGAAACAUCCUUUUGUUGCGCUGCAAAGAGGACCCAUGAUGAUGACGAUGGCUCCACCACGGCCAGAUCAGAUGCUUCAGUAUUGUCCUCCUCCGGUUAGAAGACAAAUAGGACCAGUGAUGAUGAUGAUGAUGGCUCCACCAAGACCUGGAGAUUUGAUCUGCUGA